AUGAGUGAUCAAGAUACGGCAACGCAAAUAAAGAGGCGAGGGGUAUUGAGAGGUCAGCUAACAAGAUUUUUGAACGAUGUCAAUGAAGUUAAGACCGAUAGCAACACUGAAAUACUAAAAAUAAAACGAAAAAAGAUCAAAAAAAGCUGGGAGUUGUUUCAAAAAAUUCAAUUGGAAAUAGAAAUGCAAGUGCAAGAUGAAUCGGAAGACCAAUAUAAAUUUGACUUCGAAGAGUUGUAUUUUCUAGCAGUAUCAAAAUAUAAUAAAUUGUUCGAACCACAGCAAGAUACAAAUGAACAAGUAGAUCAAAAUAAUGAAAGUCAAAAUCAAGCAAUGUCGCAGCUGACAACAACAGCGCGAAGUAAUAGUACCGCGUCAAAUCAAGCAUUGAUUGUCAAGCUCGCGGCGCUCAAUGUACCUACAUUUAGUGGAGACUAUAAAGAAUGGUCCACGUUCCACGACAUGUUCGUGGCACUUAUUCAUGGAAAUGAGGCACUAACAGACUUUCAAAAAAUUUUUUGUUUAAAAUCAGCUUUUACAAGUGAUGCCUUAAUGGUCAUUCAGAGCUUUGAAACGUCGAAUAAAAAUUAUACAAUUGCUUGGGAGUGCUUGAAUGAGCGCUACAAUAAUAAACGCAUACUAGUUAAAAACCAUACAAAAGCAAUUUUUGAUCUAGAUCCGUUAGAAGAUGAAUCAGCAAUAAAAUUAAGAAAAUUCGUUAAUAAGUUAUUUGGUAAUAUGAAAGCGCUAGAAAGUCUAGGCCACGACCCAAAUACGUGGGGACCAAUGAUGAUUCACAUAAUUUGCACGAAACUAGAUUCAGCUACACUACACGCAUGGGAAGUACAGGCGCCGAAAUCUGAAAUAUCAAACGUUUCCGAUUUAAUACAAUUUUUAAAUAAACGCUUUCAAGUAUUAGAAGCCGUAGAAGGAGCUCAAAACUUACACGGAGAAGCUGAACAAAAAAUAAGAGCAGCAGACCAAAAAGAAAAAAUACCCGAGUAA